CGGACCCUAAGUCUCUGAUUUACGGUGGACUUGGAAUGACUUAAUAAAACCUACUCAAUCCUUUUUUAUGUGGCGUCUUUUACAUAAAAUUAUGCCUACUGAUGAUAUUUUAAAGCUUAGAAGUUUAAGAUUUCCUUCUAUCUGUUAUUUCUGUAAGAAGCGUGUUGAGACCUUAGAACAUAUUUUCUGUAAUUGUUCCUGUAUUAAUGAUUUAUGGGAGAGAGUUUUAACUCUUUUUUAGUAUGAUGGAAAUCGUACUCCUAGCACUUCCAUUGCUGGUAUGAUUGCAGUUUGGCAGCAAGAUAGAUCGAAGCUUUGUAGGUCUCUUCGUGUUAUCAUUUUUUGGUUUAUUUGGUGUGCUCGAAAUACUUGUAAACAUGGAGGCAAGAUUUUCUCUAGCUCUAACUGCUUUUAUUAUAUUAAAGGUUUUAUCUAUAAGAUGUUGAAAUAUGGAAAGUUUAAGUCGUCCUGUAAUUCAAAUGUAAAGCAUAUGUUACUUAAAUUUAGUAUUGAUUUACCUAGAAAUUCUAAAGCUGAUAUUAUCUUAGUUCAUUGGGUUGUUCCUGUUGGUGGGUAUAUUAAGAUCAAUAUGGAUGGUAGUUGGACUCCUGCUGCAGGUAUUGGUGGUAUUUGUAGAGAUUCUUUUGGUAAGGCUAGUAUGUGGUUUUCUGCUCCUGCUUUAGCUUCAAGUGUUAUUGAAGCUGAAGCAGAAGUGAUUAUGGGAUUGGAAUUGGCUCUAAAACAUGGUUGGAAUUCUUUAGAAAUUGAAAUGGAUUCUUUUGAUUUAUGGUCUUUUUGUUACAGGAAUAGGGAUUAUCGUUGGAAUCUUAUGAUUCAUUUGAAAAGAAUUUUUGCUCUGACAAUUGGUAUUCAGGUUCGUUGGUUUUUCAUUCAUCGAGAAGGGAAUAAAUGUGUGGAUUGGGCUGCAAAGCAAGGGAUGAAGACUCAAAAAGCUAUUUUUACUAAUAAGUUCCCUGAAAUUCUUAAUUGUUUUAUUAGGGGUGAUAUGAUGGAUUCCCCGUAUAUUCGUACUUCUUCUUAAUUGCUUUUUUUGGAUAGGUUUGGAUGUGGUGUGAGUUGUAUUUUUUAUUUUUAUUUUUUUGGGAAUUGGAACCUUUUUUAUUUUUUUGUGUGAGUUGUAUAGGGUUUAAGUUGGGUUCCUUUCCCUAUGUGUUUGUAAUUUUUUAUUUUAUUAAUAAAUUGGAGCCUUUUAGUGCUCUUUAUUAAAAAAAAAAAAAAAGAUGUAGUUAGAAAUCAGUGUGAAUUUUAAAGUCUUCAACUAUCUUGAAAUUUUCUAAGGAUUUCAAUUUCACACUUAAAAAAAGCGAAA